AUGGUUUCCAAAUUGCACGUUCUUAUUGUCGGUUGUGGCACUGCUGGCUUGAUGCUGGCAAACUUGCUGGAGAAGGCCUGUAUCAGUUACCAGCAGCUUGGCAUGUACGACGAACUCAUGGCGGUCUCAAAGAAGUUUGGUGCCCUGCACCUCAUACAAGAGGACCUCAAGCACAGGAAUACCUUCAAUGCUCGUGCCCCAGGUCUGAACGUCGAGGAAAUUUAUGGAGACUACACUCAGGUCAUCGCCCGCUAUGACUUGAUCCGAGUCCUUCUCAGCCGCAUCCCGCCCCGCAAAAUCUUUUACAAUAAGCGCGUUCUGUCAACCAAGCACGAGGAUGACGAGGUCGUUAUUCACUGUCACGACAACACUACAUACGGAGGCACCAUCCUGGUCGGAGCAGACGGGGCGUAUAGCAGCGUGCGCCAGAACAUGUACAAGGAGAUGUCAGCCCUGGGACUCUUGCCCAAGGCCGAUGCGAAACCUUUAGGCUACGACUAUGACUGUCUCGUCGGUGUGACCAAGCCUCUAGACCCCAAAAAGUACCCUGUCCUCAAAGAUGAGUUCUGCGAGUUUCAGAUCGUUCUGGGGAAAGAGAUUCCGUACUCGGAUGUGAGAGAAAACGGCACUGCAGUCGAGCGGAACUUCAGGUUUUCGGAGUGGGACCCCGAUUCGGCUAAAAACAUGUGUGACAGGGUCAGACAUCUUCCUUGCCCCUAUGGCGGUACUCUUGGAGAUAUCCUCGACGAGACCCCAAAGGAGGUCAUUUCCAAGGUCAUGCUCGAGGACAAGUUCUUUACCACUUGGUACCACAAACGCACCGUCCUUAUUGGAGAUGGUAAAGUGACCUGCUACAAGAUGCUGCCGUUUGGCGGACAAGGCGCAACAAUGGCCAUGCAGUCGGCUGUGGCGCUAGCAAACCUGCUUUUCGACAUACACAAUGUCACCGAGCCUGAGAUCGCCCGCGUCUUCAAGCAGUACUAUGACGCACGAAGUGGGCCUGGCAAGCUGGCCGUUAAAAGUUCGCAUCAGACUGGAUCUGUGAUGCACAUGCGAGGAACCUUUGGAAAUGUCUUCAGGCAUAUUGGUUUCAAUUGGAUGCCUAGAUGGGCGAUGAAGAAGGGCAUGGAUUCUUACAAUGGAUACAAGGAACAAAUCGCGUUUCUCCCGUUCGUCAAGUUCCGAGGCACGUUUGUUCCUCGGACGAACAAGCCGUCUAGGCGAAUGAUCUCGGGUUCGAACAUUGCCAUGGCUGUGUAA